UCAUUCAACCACCUCCAUCGCCUCUGCCAACGACCGGACAUAAGCCACCGUUCCUGUUCGUCGUUGGAGAAAGCAAAGCCGUUGGCCAUGGAAUUCUCUUCUCCUCCAUCGUCGUCGUCGGCAGCGGCGUCAUCUUCUUCUGCUUCGGGAGAGUUAGCUCGGAGUCGUCGCAGUCGCGAGAAGUUCCUUUUCAGAACCAUCUUGCCGGCGAUUAGAGGCCGGUCCUGUUCGAUAUGCUUGGGGAGCCUUCAGGAAGACCACAGGUCGGCGGUGAUCACGAAGUGCCUGCAUGCCUACUGCUUGAGCUGCAUCCGCCGGUGGAGCGAGCUGAAGAGAAAGUGCCCUCUCUGUAAUGCGGAGUUCCAUUCGUGGUUCUCCGGCAUCAGCCUCCGGUACGGAAGUUUCCGGGAAGAGAAGUUGUCCUCUCUUCGUUUGGAUGAAGAAGAACGUCAUACUCGAGCUGUAUCGAAUUACCAAGACAAUAGAAGGGUUAUUCGAAGAUCAGGAGAUCGGUGCAGUUCAUCUAGCUGCCGAUCUGGGCCAUUACAGUGGCGACGAUCAUUUGGAAGACCAGGUUCCAUACCGCCAGGUGUUAUAGCUGAGAGAAAGCUUCAAUGGCGGGCCAGCAUAUACCGUCGAAGACUACAAGCAGUUUUGCCAUCUCCUGGGAGACGUUUUGAGCAGAACAUGGCAAGAAAUAAUGGCUGGAAAGAAAGAAUGCUUCAAAAAAUUGAACCAUGGGUUAGGAGGGAGUUGCAGGCUCUCCUUGGAGACUCAGAUCCUUCUGUUAUUGUUCAUGUCGCCACAUCACUCUUCCUUAGAAGCCUGGAAGAGAAGAGUAAUGCUCCUUCAAGACAGCUUGAUGAAAGCUUGACUGCUCCUUUGCAACCCUUCCUGCAUAACUGGACCAAUAUGUUCUGGCAUGAACUCAGCUGUUAUGCAGAAAGUUCACUUGCAAUGGAAACAUAUGAUGCAGUAGUAGAGUAUAAGCAGCUAGAGUAAGUUCACCAGGGGGGUACUUGUCUCUGCCUCGGUUGCUUUGGCGAUCAGGAAUUUGCAUUUGUCUGGAUCUUAUAUCACGAUCCCACCACCGGUUUUCUCGGCAGUGCUCGAUUGCACAAAUAGUCAUGUUCCGAACCUCAUCUUUGCUAUCGAAGAAUGAGCUCAAUCAGAGAGCACUCGUUCGAGUGAGUGAAACUUUUGGGUGAUCUUGUUCAAGGGAGUGAAACUUUUGGGUGAUCUUGUUCAAGCAGUGAGCAGAGCUUCUUUCAUGAACUAUCUCCGUCAAUAAGGAUUUCUAGAGGCUCUGAGCAAGCAGAAGUUUCUGAUGUUGAGGCAUUGAUGUGACUUCUCAUAAAAUUCCACUGGCAACUCUCUUAUCACGCCAUGAUGGGCAAACUCCACGACAUCAAACAUUUCAUGCCAACUUUUAUAUUUUGGCACCAGGCAGGCGAACUCUUCUCUUCCUCCAUCUAAAACAAAAGAUCAGGUGAUGUCGGUGGCCAAUCUAACACUCCAGUGUCGGUUAUUUCAGACACUUGGUGGGGAAGGUUUAGAACUUGUUUUUUCUCUUCUGUAAAUUGACCAUUUUAUGAAAAAAUAUGCUAAAAAUCUGGGAAUCAAGGACGAGAAUAGAGGGUGGCAUUAGAUAUUAUGAUUAAGCUUGGGAUUUGGAGCUCAGCGGGUAGUUGUAGUUGGCCUACACUGCAAUAACUUGAGGGGCCUAUGCUUCCCAGUACGGGGCCACUUAGAGUCUGAUUAUAAACCAAGGAUGGAAGAUUCUGUCCUUGAGUUAUUUAUCUGGACAUGGUUACAAGCUAUUACUUUAGGCAGGUUGUCUUUAAUGGUUUUUUCCAUCGAUAAGAUUCUAAGCUUUACUAAGCUUUCGCCUAACAGCCGGCUAUUUAUUAUCUGUCAUUGACAGGUGGGAGCCCCGCGAUCCGUCGAUCCAACAAAUGGAAUGGAGUGCUACAGGUCCUCAAUGCAAAUUAAGCCUUCGUGGCAACUGUAUACGGACUGUGGAAGUGUCAAUGAAAGUUCCAUCGGCGAGUGAUUUCGACUUUGAAAUGGAUGGAUCAUACUGAGCGGUGUAUGUUAGCUGGGCAAGUUAAAUGCAGAUUCCCCGCCAACCGUCUCACUUGUAAAUGACCCACAUGCAGGUCGCUUCGUGUCCAUCUAAUAAUUAUUAGUUUAAAUCGAGGGAACAUUUUCCAUGUAGCUGCCUUGAUGAAUCCUCGAAGGUGCAUAUUGUUUCCUUCCCAAACAAUAAA